GAAAUACUUGGGGGUGCGUGGUGUUUUUUAUUUUAAUAUUCUUAAAUUACAUGAUGUGACUUGCAUAGACUGAUGUGCCUCCCCUAUAAGAUUUUUAAAUGCACCCUAUUUUGGAAUUUAACAAAUUUUUUUAAAAAUUUAAUAUGAAACAAGCACACUAUGAAGGGACAUUCGGGAAUCCAUUUAUUUGAAAAUGACUGUUCAGUGGAUGCUUAUAGCUUGUUUCCUAUAUUUUGAAUUGGCUCUCAUUACUCUGCUUAUUUUACCUUUUAUAUCUCCUAAAAUAUGGCGUAGUUUCUUUCACUUCCACCUAUGGAAAGCUGUUCAGAGGAAAGCUAAUAUUUAUUUCAAUGUGUUGAUUUUUGUCUUAAUAUUAUUCUUUUUAGAUUCGAUUCGAGAUAUGAGAAAAUAUUCAUUGAGGCCUCAUUCUGUAGAGUUUGAUUCUGAAUUACAAACAAAUGUAAAGCUUUUCAGAUCUCAAAGAAAUUAUUACAUUUCUGGUUUUGCUGUUUUUCUUUGGCUAGUUAUUCGUCGACUUGUUGUUUUGAUUCUCGAUGAAGCUGAUCUCCUUGUUAAAAAUGAAGAUGCUGCUAAAAACGCUCAAGCUACUACUGAAAAUCUUGAAAAAUUGCUGAAAUCUACAAAGGAAGUGGAUUCCUCUACUAAAUCUGAUUUAUGUUACAAAAAUAUGAAUAAGAUCAAGAAGUUAGAAGAAGAAUUCGAUAUAAAAAAGUCUGAACUGCUUACUGUGAAACAAAAGAUGAUUAAUUUUGAAGAGAAAGCAAAAAAUGUGCAGGAGAAUUAUUUGACAUUACUCAAACAAAGGAAUGAACUGAAAGGUGGUGACUGAAAAAAGAUAGUCAAAUUUCUCUUUUUGACUUUUUAUUGAAGUUUCCUGUGAUGCCCAGUUUGAUUGCAGUUCAAUAGUGAGAUUUUUCUUUUCUACCAUUUACAUCAAAUGUGAGCACAAAUGAGCUUUAUUAGAUAAUUGGUUAUUAUAUCUUUGAUUUCUGCUAUAAACUAUUAUAAUUUUAUGUGCUGAUAUACAUAUAUAUAUAAAGAAAUUUGUGCAUGAAUGCAUUUUACUGUAGAAUCUACUUAGUUAUAAUUCAAUCAAUUAAGUUAUCUUAUUAAAAAGUAUUUAAAUUAUGGAUAAUUUAAUAAACUUAUGCUCUUUGUUUUUGUGAAAUUUCUGAUUUUAAUGAGUUUAUUUAGUUUGUAUUUUGCACAGUUUUGGUUCCAAUUAUAAUUCAAACACACAAAUAUAUUUUGUUUGAAAUUUUAUUUUAUUUAGGAUUUACAAUUUGUAUAUUGAAAUUUAACUUUUGAAAGUGUAAAUUGUAUAAAACAAAAUGUCACCCUACAGUAGUGUUGAAAGUCAUUUUGUAAACUAAUUCAAUAUGUAGUGGUGACUCAUUGAUCUGUAUAAUUAAUACAAUAUAGAAAGUAUUAUAUAGAAGCUUUUAUAAAAUGUAAGCUCAAAUAAUAAAAAUUCUAAAACUGUUCUCUUUUUUUUCUUAUUUCUUCCUAAAUUUUAUUUUUAAUUAUGAAUAAAUAAAAUUAUGUUCUUAAAAGCAGCUAUCUAUUUCAAGUCUAUCAUAUAAACUUAUUUUUAAAAGUGGAAUAUUGAUAUAACUGUAAUUUAUAAAUCAAUAUUUUUUAAUGCUGGCUUUAUUUUUGUCACUACUUAACACUAAAAUAAAGUAUAUAUUAGCAUUAGUAAUGAAGCUAUGAUAUGUAUUGACUCCACAUUUUUU